AUUUUGACCUUUAUAUUCGUACCUACCUAGGUACCUACAGGUUAGAUACGGUAGGCACUGACCCAAGCAGCCGAGGCAAGCCUAUUUCCUGAGUGUGCAAACACGCCAAGGUCAUUUGCCUGCGUUCUGUUUGCGUCACAGAUGGUUGUUCGAAACAAUCCUCUCUACAGGUUCAACUCUGCCCUCUAGUCCUCGGCUUGUCGACAUCCGUCAGAAUGACUCUUCGAUACGCUUCUUCGCCUGAUGAGAAGCUACCUUUCUCAGACCCAACUGCACUUCCAUACGAGCAGUCGCGCAGAGCGAGCCAUCCUCCACGAGAACGAUGGAUCAAACGCAUUCUGCCCGCUAUCUUGACAUUACUAGCACUGUUCGCACUCUUUCGGACUGCUUUUGUCUGCAAUCAUCGCUACGAACCCGGGAAACCAUUUUCGCGAAUGGAUGUGCUUGAAGAAAGGGAAAAGGUGCCGUUAGAGAUACAUGUCAUGUCCAAAUGUCCCGAUGCUCGGGAUUGCCUACAAAAACUGAUACUACCAACAAUGGUGGAAGUAAGCGACAAAGUUAACUUCACCAUGUCGUUUAUCGGAAGUAUCGACCCCGACUCCGACGCUGUCUCCUGCAAACACGGUCCUGGCGAAUGUUUGGGCAACAUCAUCCUCCUCUGCGCAGCCAAAGUCUAUCAAGAUGUGAAGAUCUGGCUCGGCUUCACGAACUGCAUGAUGUCCGACUACCCCGAUAUUCCAAAACGAGACCUGGUCGAGAGCUGUGCCAUGGAACAUGGAAUUGACUUUGCAAAGCUCAAUACUUGUAUCAGCGACGAAGGCGAAGGUAUCGGCUUGCUCCGGUCGAGUAUCCAGAGGAGUGCCGAGAACAAUGUCACAAGGAGUUGCACCGUCAGACUUGCAGGCGAGGUACGGUGUAUUCGAGACGGCGGAGAGUGGUACGACUGUCCUGGAGGCAGUUCGGUGAAAGAUCUCGUUGGCGAUGUGAACAAACUGUACAGUAAAGGGAGCAUCUGAAUCCCAGGAAGCGUCUUUUUGUCGAAUCGCGUGUUUCCUGUACUUGUUGGCCGUGGCCUGGCACAGUAUGAUACCCCGGAAUGGCAUUCUUGUUGGUUGAGC